CUCACUAAUCCUUUUUCUCGGCAAGACAGAAAAAAGAGAAAGAGAAAUGGCAACAGAAGCGCUCAUAGAAGGCUCCACGGCAGAGGAAGUGGCGGCGGUUUCAGUUCCGGUACCGGAGGCAGGUUUAAAGCACAAACUAGAGAGAAGGUGGACCUUCUGGUUCGAUAACCAAUCGAAACCUAAACAAGGUGCUGCUUGGGGAACCUCUCUUCGCAAGGUUUACACUUUCGAGACCGUCGAAGAGUUUUGGUGUUUGCAUGAUCAGAUAUUCAAACCCGGCAAGUUGCCUGGCAAUGCUGACUUUCACUUGUUCAAGGAUGGGGUUGAACCAAAGUGGGAAGAUCCUGAGUGUGCCAAUGGAGGAAAGUGGACUCUCACCAUCAGUAGAAAGCCCACUCUUGAUGCCAUGUGGCUUGAAACUUUGAUGGCUUUAAUUGGGGAGCAAUUUGGAGACUCCGAGGACAUUUGUGGUGUUGUUGCGAGCGUGCGCCAGUGGCAGGACAAACUUUCAUUGUGGACAAAAACGGCAGCUAAUGAGUCUGUUCAGAUGAGCAUUGGAAGAAAGUGGAAGGAAAUCAUCGAAUCUAACGACAAGAUGACAUAUAACUUUCAUGAAGAUGCUAAAAAUCGAGGUGCAAAGGCUCGAUACACUGUAUAAAUACUACCAGAACAUUUUCGCACGCUUGUGCUGCCAAUGCUGUUGUAUUGAUCUAUGCUAUGUGUAUUAGAAUGCACUUCUGUUUUGGUUGAGGCGUUAAUUUUUUUUUUCCCCUAUCAAUAUUUUGGUGUAAUACUAUUAAUUAUACUUUGUUCCAAUUCUUGAGAAAUUGUCCUGUCAUUUUUCAUUAUACUUCUGUUUUCACAUGUAACAUUAUACAAGCAUGAAAUUUUGAAUAUUUUUACUUAAAUUUUCCA